AAGUCUCGAAUGGCAUGACGGAGAAAAGUCUCGAAUGGAAUGACGGAGACAUGUCUGGAAGCGCCCAGAGUGAGAGCUCGGCGAGUAUAAAAGUAGAUGAGGGAGACUGCCAUCCAGUUUUAACAAGACACAAGAUCCACAACGUUAGAAGACUUCACAGACAGAGGACAAGAAGACCCUCAAGCUGCAAAAACCGAACAUUGAAGUCGGCAUUUUGACAGUCAAGCAAGCAAAAUGGUAUCAGCAAAAGGCGCAGCCAUCGGCAUCGACCUGGGCACCACGUACUCCUGCGUGGGCGUUUACCAGCAUGGCAAAGUGGAGAUCAUCGCCAACGACCAGGGCAACAGAACCACGCCCAGCUAUGUGGCGUUCACCGACACAGAGAGGCUGAUCGGUGAGGCCGCCAAGAACCAGGUUGCAUUGAACCCCGGCAACACAGUGUUUGACGCAAAGAGACUGAUCGGAAGGAGGUUUGACGAUCCGGUGGUGCAAGCAGACAGGAAGCACUGGCCCUUCGAGGUGGUCGCCAAUGAAGGGAAGGCCAAAAUCAAGGUGCAACACAAAGGGGAGGACAAAGCCUUCUACCCAGAGGAGAUCUCCUCCAUGGUGCUGGUGAAAAUGAAGGAGACGGCCGAAGCCUAUCUGGGUCAACGGGUGACAGAUGCCGUGGUAACGGUGCCCGCCUACUUCAAUGACUCUCAACGGCAGGCCACCAAAGACGCGGGCGUCAUCGCGGGAUUGAACAUCCUAAGGAUCAUCAAUGAGCCCACAGCUGCGGCCAUCGCCUACGGUCUGGACAAAGGCCGGUCAGGAGAACGCAACGUCCUCAUCUUCGAUCUGGGCGGCGGCACCUUCGACGUGUCCAUCCUGACUAUCGAGGAUGGCAUCUUUGAGGUCAAAGCCACCGCUGGGGAUACGCAUCUGGGCGGAGAAGACUUUGACAACCGCAUGGUGGAGCACUUUGCGGCCGAGUUCAAGAGGAAGCACAAGAAAGACAUCAGCCAGAACAAGAGGGCCUUGCGGAGGCUGCGCACCGCCUGCGAGAGGGCCAAGAGGACGCUGUCCUCCAGCUCCCAGGCCAACGUAGAGAUCGACUCCCUCUUUGAGGGCAUCGACUUCUACACCUCCAUUACCAGGGCUCGCUUUGACGAGCUGUGCGCUGACCUGUUCAGGGGAACCCUGGAGCCGAUCGAGAAAGCCCUGAGGGACGCCAAGAUGGAUAAGGGCCAGAUCCACGAUGUGGUUCUUGUCGGCGGCUCCACCCGGAUCCCGAGAAUCCAGAAGCUCCUACAGGACUUUUUCAACGGCAAGGAGCUGAACAAGAGCAUCAAUCCAGAUGAGGCGGUGGCUUACGGCGCAGCCGUCCAGGCCGCCAUCCUCACGGGGGACACCUCAGGCAAUGUCCAGGACCUGUUGCUACUGGAUGUGGCGCCGCUGUCGCUGGGCAUCGAGACCGCCGGAGGUGUCAUGACGCCGCUCAUCAAACGCAACACUACCAUUCCCACCAAGCAAACGCAAAUCUUCAGCACCUACUCCGACAACCAGUCCGACGUCCUCGUCCAGGUCUUGGAGGGCGAGAGAGCCAUGGCCAAAGACAACAACCUUCUGGGAAAGUUUGAGCUGAGUGGAAUCCCGCCAGCGCCACGAGGCGUGCCGCAGAUCGAGGUCACUUUCGACGUGGAUGCCAACGGCAUCUUGAACGUUUCUGCAGUAGACAAAAGCACCGGCAAGGAGAACAAAAUCACCAUCACCAAUGACAAAGGCCGUCUGAGCAGAGAGGAGAUCGAGAAGAUGGUGGGUGACGCCCAAAAGUACAAAGCUGAGGAUGACCUGCAGCGCGACAAGAUUGCUGCCAAGAACACUCUGGAGGCGUUCAUCUUCAACGUGAAGAGCAGCGUUCAGGACGAGAAGCUGGCGGCCCGCUUGAGCGAGGAGGACAAGAAGACACUGACGGACAAGUGCGAGCAGACCCUCUGCUGGCUGGAGAACAACCAGCUGGCCGACAGAGACGAGUUCCAGCACAAGCAAAGGGAGCUGGAACAAGUGUGCCAGCCGAUCAUCAGCAAGCUGUAUCAGGGGGCGGGGCCCUCCGAAGGUUGCAGGGCACAGGCGCGAGCUGGCACCCAGGGGCCCGUCGUUGAAGAGGUGGACUGAGGACCAACCUCACGUCGCACACUCGACAGACUUUGCGUUGAAUUCUCUUCAUGAUUCGACAUUGUAAGCCCUAAACUAAUAACUUCAUGGCCACACUUCUCUGCUGUAUUUUGUAAAUACUUUUCUAUUGACCACUGUCAGUUGUGCUUUUAAUCAACAUCUGUGAAAUUUGUUGUAUGGCCGUUCAUAUUUGAUACUGUAAAUUGUUAGCAGUACGAAAUACUAAUUUGUUCAAAUAUGUAUUGCAUGAAAAAAAAUAUUUGUCAAUGUGUGCCAAGUGAAUAAAUGUUUGAAAGUCCCAAACAA